GGCCGACCGGGCCGACCUCCUUGACGGAUUCGUUCAUGGCCAUCAGCAUGGUGAGCGGCUGCCCAAUGCCUCCAGCGCCGCCAUUGAUACACACCUGGCGAUUCGCCAUAAAAGACUUCCACAACGGUCGUCCACCUUGAACUGGGCUGUGCUGAAGGAUGCAGCUGGAGCAUACCGGGAGAAGAGCGGAGCGGCACGCUGGAAGCUCCUGGGUUAA